UUGAAGGUCUCCUAGCAUAUAAAAGCGCUAGAAGCAAGGCACUUUCCACAACAUCACCAAACACUUUCCAAACUGGUGUAAGCAAAGUUGGUGAUGCGCUGCCUCACAGUUCUAGUCAUUUUAGCUCUUUAUGGGCUCACUGCCGUGUCUGGCUCGGCAUUUGGCCCGUUGCCAUGUGACAGUUUUCUCCGUCGCUUGCCUGCUUUCUCCCACCUCUUCACUCACUGUGACUGUCUCCGCAGUGAGUGGAGUGACUGGUUGGCCAUCAACCGCACAGCUGUGCCCGAUUUCCAGUGCCCGUCCGAGAGUGCUCUCACUUACCAACGAAGACAGCGGCGCAUCAGUGGGGAGUGUCAAGAUAUUGUUGAAAACAAAACAAUCUGUGAACCAGACCUCGCUGAUCGCAUCAUCUUGUCUCUUGGGCUGGGCAGCAGUAGACCCCCCGAUCUGCUAAUUAGUUUACCGCCUUUGACUAUUGUCAAUCUGAAUCAGACAAGACCCUCACGAGACACUGAACAAGUUUGUAUCCCAAUGACUGUACCACACGGACGCCGCUCUGUAAGAGAGGAGUUAAAAAGUCCACGACUCAACAAACGGCUAUCAUCCUCCCAAACCUCUAUCAGUGGAUCGAACACUGUUCAACCUUUAAAGGAUGCAAUACCUUUUAACCUCAUGGAGCAUGGGUCACGCUUCAGACGACAAAGCUGUGGAAGUGAAAUUCAGCACAUUCUCUUCGUCCUCGAUACAUCAGGGAGCGUUGGACAAGCAAACUUCCAGACGGUCACACACGUACUUGCAGACUUGACAAGUUUGUUCUGCAACACAAUAAAAAUUGCUGUGAUGACGUUUGACCACGAAUACUACGUAGAAUUUUGCUUUGAUGAUUAUGGAAGUAAUCGACUUCUAGAAGCCGCUAAUGACAUAAGAUCUAUCCCAUACAUUCGUGAAGGACAGCCCCCAGGAACAAGAUGGACGCACACUGCAGGUGCUGCACAGUGUGCCUGUGAGUAUAUGCUCAACCCCACACAUGAUUGUCUGAACGACUUUGCCCCUGAAUGCGUGAAUGUCAUAUUUGUCACUGAUGGACGGGCAAACGAUCCGAACCUUGAUGUCUGCACUGAAAUCCGCUGCCUCCACCGACGCAGGGGAGUCAAUACAUUUGCCAUUGGGAUUGGAAACCGGGAUGACCUACAGCUUGAAUGCAUGCGAGAGGAUGAUUUGGAGCUUGACGAGUACCAUCUCUUCAAUUUCGAAACAUUUGCAGAACUAGAGGAGCAGUUUAACGAGAUAACAAGGAGGUUUCUUGCAAAUGAUGGUUAUGUGUGUGCAGACGUAGCAACUAAUCCAGUCGGAUGAAGUCAAUGAACCAACCCUUAAAGAACAAUUUGCUGACUCUGUAACAUGAGAGCAAAUUAUUUAUUGCUGACUCUGUAGCUGAGAUCGUAGAAUUAGUGAUGUAGUUAUUUCUGGCUCUGUAUAGGAUGAUAACAGAGACAUAAUGAUUUACUUUCUAUUGCUGAAUAUAUAUUCUAUUGCUGAAAUCGCGACACCAUUCUUCCAGCGCACCAUUGCUGCAGUGAACAUCAAUGAGAAUGUGCACUUGGCUCGGAUUGAUACUUGACGGCAUCGCUGACACUCUGCUUAU